GUGAAAGAGGGGAACGUGUGGCGGUAUGAGUGGAGCUGGCAAUGGGUCGCGAGCAGCAGCUGUUGUACGGGAAUGGCGACAGGCGCCUAUCCGUGCCACCUGCUGCAGCAACGUGACGUCGGGAGUAGCUGUCCGGGCCAAGCAGUUUGGUGCCGUGAUGAUUCGGGACGGACAGCUUGCCAUGCGGACGCCGUUGAAGACUCUGCUCAAGGUGCUGCUGCUGUCUCUGCUGGUGGUCAUGCUGUACACGGUACAAUCGCUCAUUCUGACCUUCACCACCGAUGGCAUCAAUCUCAAGUCGGACGUUCUUGCCGACAUUCCUCGUUGUCGCUCGCUGGACGGCACAGACUGCCACUCGAUUGUGUAUGCACCUGCCGAUGACGUCGAGGUCAACCGCCUGGUCCGCCAGAUGGCGUUCCGCAACAACCCGUCACUCUCGAUGGCCCCGCCCGGUUCGCCGCCGGGCACCCCGGGCUACGACGUGCUCGGCCUGGCCGAUCUGAACAACAUGACCCAGUUCCUGGCAACAACCACCUCGCGGCAAUACGUGGCGGUUAACUUUUCGGUGGCACUGGCGCCGCCGCCGCCGCCGAGCAAUGUCACCGCCAAGCGGGCCAUGGACGUCUACGAGUACACGAUCUUGUACAACGCCUCGGGCAUCGCCACAACGCUCUUUGACGCCUCGGGCUACUACGACUACUCGCUCGAGGUACAGCGGCUUCUAGAAGAGACCAUAGUGGCACGGUAUGCGCCACUGCCGCCCGAAGCUGGCGACCUCGCCGCCUCGGUCCGCACCCGCAGCUACACGCCAUCGCCGCUCUUCACCUACUCGGUGCGGCUGAUGCGGUUUCCGAUACCUGUGGCGGCGCUCAACAUUGCCACUGCCCAGUACGCGCCGGACUUUCUGGCCACUUACGGCCUUUCGGGCCUGGUAUUCUUUGCGCAAAUUGCGUUCUUCAUCCUCACCGCCAACAUCAUCCUCAACGAGCGCGACUCGUACACCCGUGACGGGCUCAAGAUCAUGGGCUUGAAAGACUCGGUGUACUUUGGCGGCAUUUUCUUCAGCAACAUGAUCUUAUGCCUGCUCGGCGCCGCCCUUGCCCUCGGAGUCGGCAAGAUUGUGGGCAUCCCCUACUUUGAGGCUUCAGCUGCCUUUGUGCUCCUCACCCUCUUGUGGGGCUUUCUGGCCAUGGUUGCGUUUGCGCUGUUUGUGACGACGCUGGCCCGGAGCCGUGCGCUGGCCAACGUGGUGUUCAUGGUGGUCAUUCUGAUGGGCGGCGGAUGCGCCGGCCUCUUCUCGACCUUUCUCGCCUACCACGUCUUUGCGCUCGGUCCGUUCAUUGUCACUAUCUGCUCGCUCUUCCCGCCGUUCAACUUUUGCAAGGCCAUGGCCGACGUCACCAUGGCAGUCAUGUACACGUUCGACUCGGAGACCCAGUCGUACGUCCAGUCGGGGCCGGGCUUUUCGUGGGCCAAUCGCGACGAUACGUUCUGGAUCAGGGAACGGUUUCCGCACCUGAACGAGCUGCCGAGCCCCGCUGACUCGCUCAACGCACUCUUCUUCAACGUGGUCAUCUACCUUGUUCUCGGCUUUUACCUCGACGCCGUCCGGCCAGGCAAGUCCGGCUCGGCGCGGCCGUGGUACUUUCUCUGCACUCCGCGGUUCUACGGUUUCUACUCGGCGCCCGACGACACCACCGCCGGCUCGCACUUGCCGGCCAUGAGUGACCGGCAUGCGCUCUCGCUGGUGACCAAGCACAUGCCGGAUGAUGUGGCGGCCGAGUUUAUGUCGGUCCUCGUCUCGGCCUCGGCGCACACCAGCGAUUCGAUGCCGAGCGCGUCGGAGUCCCAGUGGGCGAGCUGCGCGUCGAGCGCUGGCGGACCCAACGCAGGCGAAGCGUACUUUGGCUCGCCCAAGGAGAGCGAUAGCUUGCUUGCAGUGCCUGUGCGCGGGCAUGGACGGGCGACGUACUCGUCGAUAGCGCCCGUGGGCAUGGGCGGCGUCUCGCCGCCGGCCGGCGCGUCGUUGGCGUCGUCCGAGGGCUCGAUCAACGGCACUGCCGCGUUGUCGGAGCAGCAGGCUGAGUCGUUCGAGGACUCGUCGGCCUCGAGCGCGUCUGCGCCGUUUCUCGCCUGGCGAUCCUCAGCGAGCUGGAGCGCCAGCGGCGAGAGCGACGGCGAGGGGCUCGCAGGCAGAGCUAAUGUCGGAGGCGACCCUGGCGGCGAGAUGGGCGGGGUGGACGGGCUGGACCCGGCGUCACGGGUGAGCGCGCUGCUGCAGAGGACGGCGGCGCAGAAGCUCUCGCUACGGCUGGUCGGCCUCACCAAGCUGUUUCACUCGCGGAGCGCGGGCCGCGACGGUGUGCUUGCGUUGGACCAGCUGACGCUCGGCGCGCGGGCAGGCGACGUGCUCUGCCUGCUCGGCCACAACGGAGCGUCCAAGACGACGACGAUCAACGUGCUGACCGGCCUACUCACGCCGACCGCCGGCGACGUGUUUGUGGACGGCUACUCUGUUGUCCACCAGAUCGACAGGCACGACCUCGGGUGGGGCGAGUUGACGGUGGCGGAGCAUCUGGCGUUUUUUGCGCGAAUCAAAGGCGUACGUGAGUCGGAGAUCCGCGAUGCGGUCGACGAGUGCCUGGGCGCGGUCAAUCUCGUCGGCGACGCAAACCGGCAGGUCAAGGGCCUGUCGGGUGGGACGCGAAGGAGGCUGUCUGUGGUGGCGGCGACGCUCGGCUCGCCGUCGGUUCUUGUCUUUGACGAGCCGACCAACGGAAUGGACGUCCACAACCGGCGGCUGGUGUGGGAGCUUGUGCACUCGCUGGCGCUAUCGGGCCGGACCGUGGUCCUCACCACCAACGACAUGGAAGAGGCGAACCAGCUGGGGACCAAGAUCGCAGUCAUGAGCUCGGGGCGGAUCCGGGCCGUCGACUCGACCCAGGCACUGAAGCGCCGGUUCGGCGGCGGGUACAAGGUGACGCUGGUGCCACAGCCUCAGCCCGUCGACGAGCUGACCGGCCUCAUCCCGCAGCUGCUGCCGUCGGCGCGGGUCAUGGCCGGCGGCGGAAGCGGGCGAGCGAUGGUGGUGUCGCUGGCGGCGGCGGCGGCGCCGGAGCUAGGCGCUUUCUUCCGGUACAUGGAGCGGGUGGCAGGCGGAGCGGUGGUGGCCGACUGGGCGGUGGAAAAGACCGGGAUGGAGGACGUGUUCCUGGCCAUCAUGGGCUCUGUCGGGCACGACGACGCGUUCUCGGGCUACGGCGCACCGUCGCGGAUCGAGGCGCUCGCCCGAGACCAGCGGCAGCAUGCGGUCUCGCUGGCGGUGGCGUUCGAGUCGGAGCCGGCACCGCUCGGCUCGAUCCCGAUCACCAGCACCACAACGCUGGCGCAGCUGCGGUCGCUCAUCGGCCAGCUGCUGGACAACGCGCCGCUGGCGUAUGCAUUCCUCGGCCCGGGAUCGGGCGUGCCGCUGACCGAGGCGCAGGAGCACGUGACGCUGGCGGUCGACAUGGCGCCACUGGCGGUCAUCCGCAACACCGAACUCGAGCAGCGGCGCCGCGAGGGCCAACUGUCGCUAGCGGAGGAGCUCGCCUUUGAGCGCGAGCGAGUCGGCGUCCUCUCGCAGCGCGUCACCGCCCUCCAGUCGCAGCUGGCCGAGGCCAAGGCUGCCGCAGCCGAGGCGCAAGCCGCGCAGCCGGCGAGCUCGUCCUGGUUCUGGUGA